AUGUAUAUUUUAAAUUUAACUUUAUUAAUUAUAUUAAUUUUAAUUCAAAUAAAAUGGUCAUUUGGAUUUUCAAAAAAUUUAUUAUUACCUCAAAAUGAAAGGAAAUUUCCAACAUUUUUAAUAGAUUUUGAAUUAGCUUCAGUCUUGUGUCAACAUUCUAAUAAUCCUAAAGAUUUACAUUUACAUGAUAUUUCUGUUGGUUUAUACGGCCAAGAUGACGAAUCUUUCCCUCACUGCCGUCAUUUACAAUGUAUUGGAGGAUCAGAAACUAAUAAAGAUUGUAGUGGUAAAGGGGCUUGUAUAUUUGAUGGAUUUACAACUAGAUGUUUUUGUAAUGAAGGAUAUUAUGGUUUAAAUUGUGAAUUUUUUGGCAAUAAAAAUGAAGAGAAAGAAGCAUUUGAUGAAUUUGGAUUAGAAUUUGGAAAAGUACUGUUAAAUAAUAAAUAUCCAAAUGAAAGAAAAAAUUGGUUAAAAAUGAAGGAAAUAAUUAAUGAAGCAAAAGAAGCUAACAAGAAACAAAAGGAAUUUGGUUUGUUAAUAGGGAAGGGAAGAAUGGAAAUGGUUGGAGGAGGAGGACAUGAAACUUCUGCAGCAACAAGUAAAAGUGAAGCAAAUACUGAAACAACUAAUUUUGAAGCAAAAUUAUUAUCAACUUCUGAAGCAAGUCUAAUUUUGAACCUUGAAGCAACUUCUGCUUCAAGGUUUGAAGCAAGUACAAGAGGAUAUGAUUCUGAAGCAAUUUCUGCUGCAACUUCUGCUUCAAGUUUUGAAACAAGUCCAAGAGGAUAUAAUACUGAAGCAAGUUCAAUUUUAAAUCUUGAAGCAACUUCUUCAAGUUCUGAAACAAGUCCAAGAGGAUAUAAUACUGAAGCAGGUCCCUUAUCAACUUUUGAAGCAAAUUCUGAAGCAACUUCAAUAAAAAAUUCUGAAACAAAUACAAGAGCAUAUACUGAAGCAAGUUUAGAAGCAUCUUCUGCAGCAAAUACAGAAGCAAACAAAUUAGCGAUUUUUGAAGCAACUGCUUCAAGUUCUGAAGCAAGCACAAGAGAAUAUAAUACUGAAGCAACUUCAAUUUUGAAUCCUGAAUCAACUCCUACUUCAAAUUCUAUAUUGUAUACUGAAGCAUUUACUGAAGCAACUUCAUUAAAAAAUUCUGAAGCAAGUUCAAUUUUGAAUCCUGAAGCAAGCAUUAAAGCAAGUAGAGAAACAACCUCAUUGUCAAAUACCAAAGCGACCUCCUUAAAAACUACUGGAACAACUUCAAACUUUAAACCUAAAUCUGAAGCAAAUACUGAAGCAACAAUUUCUUUGAAUACCCAGAUAAAUUCAUUAAAACAUUCUACAACAACAUUAACAGUUAAAGAAUCAAAAUCUAAUAAGCCAAAUAAUGAAGCAAUUUUAGUAGAUAAUGAAGCAAAUUUUAGAUCAAAUAUAGAAGCAGCUUCUACACCAAAUAAAGAAGAAAAUUUGUUAGCAAAAACGGAAGCAGCUUCUUUAACUACUAUUCCAACGGGCAUUAAAGAGGCUUCAACCAAAACUGAAUAUGCUUCAACAAAAAAAUUUUCGACAAAUGAAGCAAAUUUAUCAAAACAGAUGAAGCAAAAUUUUCCGACUUCUGAAGCACCAAAUACUGAAGCACCAAUUACUGAAGCAAGUUCAUUAUUAUCUUCCAUAGCAAAUUCUGAAACAAAUAAAGUUUUUGCUUCUGAAGCACAUUUGACUUCUGAAGCACCAACUACUAAAAAUCCAAAUUAUGCUUCAUCUUUAUCUUCAACCUCUAAAAUAAACACUGAAGCAAAUUUGUUAACUGAUUUUGAAGCAAAAUCUACUAUGCAACCUACAAGAGGAUUAAAAAUGAUGACGGAUAAUACUGAAGCAAAUUAUGAAGGAAGCACAACUAUAAAAUCUGUAGCAACAACUAGGGAAACCGAUAAUAAAGAAGAAAUUUAUUUAAGAACUACUAUGGCUAAUGUUUCGCCUAAUUCUUUGAUAGAAGUUGAAGCAACUUCAGGUUUAAAGCUUGAGACAGCUUCUGAAGCAAAUUUUUCUUCUGUUGAAACAACAUCUUUAGCAAGUAUUGAAACAACGUCAAAUAAUGAAGCAAAAAAUGUAUCAAGUAUUGAAACGUCCUCUGAAGCAGGUGUUGAAGCAAAAACUAUAUUAAGUAUUGAAGCAUCCUCUAAAGCUAAUAUUGAAGCAGAACCUGAAGCAGGUAUUGAAGCAAAACCUGUAGCAGGUAUUCAAGCGUCUUCUAGAUUAGGUAUUGAAGCAUCCUCUAAAGGAAGCAUUGAAGCAUCUCCUGAAGUGAGUAUUGAAGUAAAACCUAUAGCAAAUAGUGAAGCAUCCUCUAAAGGGAGUAUUGAAGCAACUUCGAUAAAGUCUGAAGUCAAAGAUACUAAAACAAGUCUGAAAGAAAAUUUCUUACCAUCUAUUACAGCUACACCUUUAUCAAAUAUUGAAGCAUCCUCAUUAGCUUCAAAAUUUGAAUCAAACUUUGUUUCAACCGUCAAACCAAGUUUUUCAAAUUCUGAAACAACCGUGCCUUCUGCUUCUAAUUCCCGUUUGAACUCUAAUAAAUUGAAUACUGAAGCAACUUCCGAAUCUGAAGCAAAAGCAAAAUCUCCUUUCGAAGCUGAAGCAGAAACAAAGUUUCCUUUAAAGGCUGAAGCAAAAACAAAGUUUCCCCUCGAAGCUGAAGCAAAACCUAAGUCUUCUUCCAAAGCUGAAGCAAAAACAAAGCUUCCCUUCGAAGCUGAAGCAGAAAUGAAGUCUUCCAACUUUGAAGCAUCAACGAAACCUCUCUUCAAAUCUUCAACAUCAGAAGCUGAAUCACCUUCUAAAACAGACUCUUUAGGGAAUAGUUCUACUGAAGCAACUUCUACAACAAAUAACAUAAAACCUGAAGCUUCAAAAAGUUUUACACCCCAAAUUUCAUCAUUAAACACUAGAAGAAAUUUUGAAACAAAUUUUGCUUCAACCAACACUUUUUCUUAUACUGAAGCUAGUCAAAUAAGCAAUUCUGAAACAAUUUCUGCUACAACUUUAUUUUCCCAUACGGAAGCAACAGAACCUCUAAUAAGUGUUUCUGAAGCAGAUGCUUAUAUUAACAAUGAAGCAACUUCUAAAACAAAAACUGAAGCAAGUUCAUCAAUAAUUUCAGUAAAUUCUGCUUCAUCUUUUAAAGAAGCAACUUUAAUACCGAAAACUGAAGCAGGCUCAACUGCUUUCAAUCUGGCUAGUUCUGCUUCAUCUUUUAAUGAAGCAACUUCUACAAAACCAAAAAGUACAACUGAAGCAAAUUCUAUAAAAAAUAUUACAGACACUUCAAAUAGAACCUCGUUUAAAUUAAUAAAUGUUUCUGAAGCUUCAACAAUGUUUCCAUUCGAAACUGAAAUAAAAUUGAGGUUUAAACCUGGGGCAAGAGCAAAGUUUUUCUCCAAAUCUGAAGCAUCAACAAAGUUUCCUUCAGAAUCUGAAGCAAGAAUGAAGUCUUCUAAAUCAUCAACUGAAUCUGCAUCAACAAUCGAAUCUGUAGCGCCAACAAAGUUUCCUUCAGAACCUGAAACAAAAAUGAAACCUGAUUCUAGAUUUGAAGCAUCAACAAAGUUUCCCCUCGAAUCUGAAGCAGAAACAAAGUCUCAUUCCGAAGCUGAAGCAGAAACAAAAUCUCCUUCAGAAGCUGAAGCAAACGUGAAAACGCCCGAAUCUGAAGCAAAAAUGAGCUCUUUUUCUGAACCUGAAACAUUAACAUCCGAAUCUGAAGCUUCAACUCUUUCUUUCAAGUUUGAAGCAUUAACAAAGUUUCCCUCCGAAGCUGAAGCAUCAACAAAGUUUUCCACCAAACCUUUGGCAUCAACUAACAUUUUUAAAAAUAUUGAAGUAAACACAACUAAAGCAACAAGAAAACCAAGCACUAGAAGCAAAGAAAUUUCUUUUGAAAUUUUUUUAAAUAAAAUUGGUGCACGAAAAUUGUCAACAGAAAAGCCAAAAUUAAGUUCGGAAAAUUCUGAAGCAAAUUUGUUGAAAACUACCCCUUCUGAAGCAGUUACAGAAGCAAAUAAUACUGCAAAUUUAAUAAAUAACGAAGCAGCUUCAACAAACAUUAUUAAAACUGAAGCAGAAACAAAUGAAAAUAUUGAAACAAAUACUGAACCAACUCUUGAAGCAAAAUAUUUAGUUUCCAAUUUUGAAGCAAAAUCUGAAGCAAAUACUAGAUCAACUUAUCCUAUAAAAUCUGAAGCAACUUCAGAAAUUUAUUCUAAAAAUGUUGAAACAAUUACUGAAGCACCACUUUCUUUAGCAAAUACUACGAAUUUUGGUGCAAAUGUUGCUGCUACUGCUUCUGAUUCUGUAACUAAUAGAGAAUUUGAACGAGCAACUCCUUUAGCAGGUAUUGAAGCAACUAUUGUAGCAAAUAUUGUUGCAACUUCAAAACCUGUAGCAAGUGUUGAAGCAACUUCUAUAGCAAGUAAUCAAGCAACUUCAACUGUAGCAAGUAAUGGAGCAGUUUCUGUAGCAAGAAUUGAAGCAACCCCUGUAUUAGGUGAAGCAACUUCAAAUCCUGUAGCAAGCAUUGAAUCAACUCCUGUAGCAAAUAAUGAAAGAACUCCUGAAGCAAGUAUUAAAGCUUCUCCUGUAGCCAGUAAUGAAGCAACGUCAUUAGCAAAAGUUAACUCAACAUUAGCUUCUAAUAAUGUAGCAACUAUAACAAAUACUGAAUCAACUUUACUCAACUCAAGAACGAAUGUUGUAUCAACUUCACCAGUUUCAUUAAAACCAACAUUUGCUUCAUUAGACAAAAAUGCUAAAGAAAAUAUUGAAGCAAAUUCUGUAGCAUUUGCUACGGCAAAAUUUGUAGCAGAAAAUACUGAAGCAGCUAAUGAUGCUACAACUUCAAGUAGUGCUUCAUCUUCUUUUACUGGAAAUAUUAAACAGAUAAACUCGACUUUAGAAGCAAAUCUUAAAGCGAAUAAAGUUGAAACAAAAACUGAAGCAACUUCACUCAAUACUGAAGCAAGUUUUGUAGCAUCAACUUUUGUAGCAAAUAAUGAAGCUUCUACAACUGCUUCUACAAAUAUUAAAACUGAAGCAAAUUUUAAUGGCACAACAUCUGUUACAGAAAGUUCUGAAGCAAAUUUUACUUUCUCAUCAGGGUUCAUAUCCAAAGCAACAGAAUCCUCCAUAGCUUCAAAUGUUUAUGCUUCAAGAUUUAAAACAAAUUCUGAAGCAACGGCUAUAGCAGCCUUAAAAACAACCCUAAAAACUCCAAGAAGGUUUACAAAAUUGCAGAAUUGUCUUCAAAAUUGGACAAGAACGACACAAAAUAUUGGAAAUGCUUCUAAAACAAUUAAACCUAUUGUUGAAGCAUCUACCCCCUCUGCUUCUAAAAACAAUAUUAAUGUUUCUGUUGAAGACUCUACUGUCCCUCUCUCUUCAAAAAAUAUUAGAGUUGUCUCUCCUCAAAACCACACUAUUUCUCCAACAACACAAAAUAAUGAAAAAGCUUCCUCAACAAUAAAACUUCCUAUUGUUGAAGCAUCUUCCCCAAAUGUUUCUCUCAACAAAACUACUGUUUCUGUUCAAGACUCUACUGUCCCUCUCCCUACAAAAAAUGUCUCUCCUCAAAGUGUUGUCUCUCCUCAAAACAACACUAUUUCUCCCCUAAAAAUUUCUUCUCUUGUUUCUACUAAUUUUGGUUUUAAUUGUUCCAAGUUUUUUGUUUUUAUUUUCUUUAAAUUUUUUUUUAUUUUGAGAAACUUGCAACAUUAUUGCGGUCAACAAGCAUUUUCAGAAAUUUCGUUAAAUGCUUCUUCCAAUUCUUUGAAAAAUUUGGAAUGUUUUAACAAUAUAGACGGCAAGUGUGGCAGUAGAUGUGAAAAUGGGUACUUUUUAAAUAGUAAUGGCUCCUGUGAAGAUGUGGAUGAAUGCAAAACAGGUGUUGCUGUUUGUGGAAAAGAAGCAUUUUGUCGAAAUUUAGAGGGAGCAUAUCGUUGUGAAUGUCCAAAAAUUUUAAAAGAAGAUGGACAUGAAUGUGCGGCAUUAUCACCAAAAUCUAUUAAAGAAUAUAUUAAAGGCCGUGUAAUUGUUAAUGGCAGUCAAGCUGAAAAUCCAAAAUGUUUUAAAGACAUGACUCGAGCAAUUCUUCAGUUCGAUUCUUUGGUUUGUAUAUCGGUUCUUUUAUUCGGUUCGUCAGAAGACGAAGGGUUCUGUAACAACAAUAACAACAACAACAAUUCCUCCAAUUUUUUAAUUCCUGCAAAUGAAUGUAAAUUAAUUGAAAAAGGAAUAAAAAUAAAUACAUUAAGUACACGUCUAUUAAUCAAACCAAUAAUUGAAUUAAAAUCAUUUAAUUAUUUGUAUAUUCUUCCAAUUUAUUUUAUUCAAAUUCAAUGUCAUUUUACGGAAGAAGAAAAAAAUUUGGCCAAUUUUUCAAAAAAUUUUACAAAAAUAAAUAAAAUGACAACAAAAAUGGAAAUAACAAAGACACCGAAGAUGACGAGCCAGAAGGUGUUGGAGGAUGUUUUUGAUAAGAAGAUGAUGAGGGGAAUGACGAAGAGACCGUUGAAGGAAAAAAUGGAGACGAAUACUGAACAAAUAAAAAUUAAAAAUUUAACAAAUUUAAAAUCAAAAACAUCGAGAGAAUUAAUUGGAACAACAACAAAAAAUAAUUUGGCUGAGGAAGGACCUAUUUGUUUGUUGGAUGUGACUGAUAAAAAUGGUGUACAUGUUUUAAAAAUAAAAGCUGGCGAGACUUUAACGUUAACAUUGAGACUUGUUUCUCGUUUAUGGCAACAAAAAAUUAGAAAUAUAACAAUAUUCCCAAAAAGAUGUUAUGCAAUAAAUUUGGACAAUGGAGGAAGAUAUUGUUUAACAGAUAAUGGUGGGUGUGCUUUUGAAAAAGGAUUAUUUCCUGAAUGGAAAAGGAAAAAUAAUUUUAAAGCAGAGGCCAAUUUCUCAGCUUUUCGUUGGACAGAAACUAAUACUGUUCGUUUUGAGUGUGAUUGUAGUGUUUGUUCAGAAGAAAAAUGUCCAAAGUUUGAUUGUGAAAAAAGAAGAAAUUUUCGAUUUAAAAAAUAUUUUUAUAACAAUUGGGCUUUAAAUGAAAAUGAUGAAUCUUCAGUUGGUAAUGAAAAUUUGGCUAGUUUAACAUGGCUUUCUAGACCAUCUUCUUUGCCCGUUAUAAUGGAAGUUGAGGAUGAAAAUAAAAGGAAGAGAAGAAGAAGGAAAAGACAAAAAGUUUAG